UUUCCGUCCAAGUUCUUCUCUUGCAGUUUAAUAUUCCAAACCCCAAUCGCAAAAAGAUAAAACAGACGUAAUCCCAAACACAAAAGGUCACUCCUUGACGGCCGCAGCCUUCCAUUUGUCCUCCCUUCUCCUCCUCCUCCGCCUCCUUCAGUUUCGUCCGCACUCGAUCCUUCUGGUUCGAUGAAACCCAGAUCGUUUCCUCUUCUGGGUUGGAACAAUUCGCCCCCAAUCUUCAUUUUACCAUCUCCUCCAAGCCUCUGUUUAUUCAAUUGUCCGAGCCAGUCUUUGGAGCUCUAGUGGGUUUGGUUUCGCGAUGCAAAUUUCUGAUUCAUCGGAGAUUGUCUCGGAGCUGCAGUCCUCACCGCCGGAUGCCGAGGUUUUCUCCGAGUUUCAGCUCCUCGUGGAGAAGUUCGACCCAAUUCUGGUCCACAUUAGAAACAGCCAGUCAGCCGUGGCGAAGGAACCGGUUCGAAAAGCGAUUAAAUCGCUCGACAGAGAGCUUGGAAAUGCUAAGGCUUUGAUCGCCAAUUGUGCUAGCGAGUCGAGAUGGGUGGUGCCCAUUAAGCGGGUUGAGGAGAUGACUCGAGAUCUGGGCAGAUCUUUAGGCCUUGUCCUGUUUGCGGGGAUUGAUCUUCCUAUAGAGAUCAAGGAGACGGUUGCAGCGCUUCACAGGGAGCUGAUGAAUCGCAGGUUUGGUACUACAAGUGUAAGUUCUAGCCCAACCCGCAGCCAGAGCAAUUUUUCUGCUGCAAAUCUUAGUCCGAAGUCAAGUCAAGAGUCCAGUGGUGUCGUCAACGAGCUAGAAUCAGUCAUUGCAGAGCAGGGUGCUGCUACUCUCAGCAGUGAGGAUGUUGCCUUGCAGCUCAAGUAUGGAAAUGAUGAAGAGUUUCGUCUUGCAAUAAUGGGAUUGCAGAAUUUGAUUGGGAAUGAAAUGGUGGAUAGAGAGUGGAUUGAUGAUGAGGGGAUUCUCGUUAUCUUGUUCAAUCGGGUAGGUUCGAGUAAAGCUGACACUCGGUUGGCUGUCAUUCAAACCCUGAGAAACCUUGCUUUGACAUAUCCAGAAAUCAAGGUGAAUUGAUCACAUUAUUUGCAAAAGGAGAUUAAAAAGAUAAUAUAUUUUUCGUUAAAUCUUGGAUGCUAACAAUCUGUGAUAGUCUGCAGGACAGGAUGGGAGAUGCUGGGAAUCUGUCAUUGCUCGUGCAAUCGUUAGCACGGAACAUGGAUGAAGGGAGGGAAGCUGUGGAAUUGUUGCUUCAACUGUCUGAGGUUUCAUUGGUGAGGCGAAGGAUUGGGAAAGUUCAGGGAUGCAUUGUGAUGUUAGUUGCGAUGACACUGAAUCGAGACGAUCCAACAACAACAGCCUCCGCUGAUGCAGCUGCCAAGCUGUUGGAUUCAUUGUCAAGCAAUGUCCAAAGCGCCCUUCACAUGGCUGAGGCUGGCUACUUCUACCCCUUGGUCCACCAUCUCAAGGAAGGUUCAGAUAUGAGUAAGAUUCUCAUGGCAACAGCACUUUGCAGAAUGGAGCUCACAGAUCAAAGCAGAAGUUCAAUUGGGGAAGAUGGAGCCAUAGAGCACUUAGUAAACAUGUUCAAAGCUGGCAAGCUUGAAGCCAAGCUAUCUGCUUUAAGCGCAUUGCACAAUCUGUCAAGGUUUGAAGAUAAUAUAAAGCGUUUGAUCAGCUCGGGUAUUGUAGUACCUCUGCUUCAGUUGCUCUUCUCGGUGACUUCUGUUCUCAUGACCCUCCGAGAACCAGCUUCAGCCAUACUUGCCAGGAUCGCUGAAUCUGAGUCCAUUCUGAUACACCAGGAUGUGGCAGCUCAGCAGAUGCUCUCGCUGUUGAAUCUAUCGAGCCCAGUAAUUCAGUGUCACCUCCUGAAAGCUCUCAACAGCAUUGCUUCCCAUUCCAGUGCCUCCAAAGUUCGGAAGAAGAUGAAAGAAAAUGGCGCUAUCCAUCUUCUGCUGCCAUUCCUGACCGAAACAAACUCAAAUAUAAGAGCUGCCGCUUUGAACUUCCUUUACACCCUCUCUAAAGAUUCAGCGGAAGAAUUAAUGGAACAGAUAGGGGAAUACCACCACCUUUGCAACAUUAUCAAUCUGAUCUCAUCAUCACUGGUAUCCGAAACUGAGAAGGCUGCUGCGAUUGGAAUCCUGAGCAACAUUCCUGUCAAUGACAAGAAGGCAACAGAGAUGUUUAAGAAGGCUAACUUGCUGCCAAUUCUCAUCUCAGUGAUGAAUUCUUCUUCUUCUUCCUCGACUUCACCACAGACUAGAGACUGGUUAGCAGAGAGCAUUGCCGGGGUAUUAAUUCGCUUCACGAUUCCUUCGGAUAAGAAACUGCAGCUUCUUGCAGCAGAACUGGGCCUGAUCCCCUUGCUCGUGAAACUACUGUCACCUGGCUUUCCUUCAGUGGCAAGGCAACGCGCAGCGACUUCACUAGCACAGCUGUCUCAGAACUCACUAACCCUCAGCAAGUCGAGAAGACCGAAGUGGAAAUGCAUGCCUCCAUCUGCAGACACAAUUUGCAAAGUUCACGGUGGCUGUUGCUCCGUAAAAAGCACGUUCUGCUUGGUGAAGGCAGGUGCUGUUCGGCCCUUGAUCCAGAUGCUGACAGUGGAAGAAGGUGGAGAGAGAGACGCAGGAGAAGAAGGAUGUGCAGCAGCAGCACUCACUGCUCUCGCAACUCUCCUCGAAGACGAGAUAUGGGAGAAAGGAAUCAGCUUUUUGGCUGCUGAAACGUCAGCGGUCCAAGCAAUAGUGAGAGCACUGGGAUCCAAGGAUGUCAAGGCUCAGGAGAGAGCCUUGUGGGUGCUGGAGAGGAUUUUCAGGAAUGAGGAAUUCAGGGGAGAAUAUGGGGGACCUGCUCAGGUUUUGCUGAUUGAUCUUGCCCAGACUGGUGAUCCCAGGUUGAAAUCAUCCAUUGCCAAAGUAUUGGCCCAGCUCGAGCUCCUGCAGUUCCAAUCUAGCUACUUCUAGAGCGACGUUUUCAGUUUCGAUUCGUGGUUCUUCCUAUACUUCUACAUUUGUUUUUUUUUUUUAUACUUGUAAAUCUGUCACUUGGCAUGUUUGUUUCCAUUACAUAGGAAGAGGAUCAACUCCAGUUUUAGUGUCAACCACUCUACUUGUUUUGACUGCAAAGUCUAAUUAUGAAGGGUAGAGUGUUGGAAGCUAAAAGUGGAGUGCAAAUCAUAUUCAAGUCAUACUUGUUUUGACAACUUGUGUAAAUGGUAGGCUAGCUAGUAGCUGCCCUUUGGAUUGCUCUAAUAUUAUUUGUUCUUCUCUUUGGAGCCUAAUAAUGUGGUUAGACAUAAACUCAUAAAGCUUCAUGAUUUGUGAGAUUGUAAAACAAAACUAACCUUCCAUCUUCUGAGUCGCGGU